AUGUGUUCGCACACAAUAAAUAUUUUCAUAAAAAUUACGACAUCAAGAUAUUGAUUUAGCAUGUGUAAAUUCAUUUAAAAAAUUGUACUUUUGGGAAAUAUUUAAUUGUCUUAAACAAAUUGUGUAUAUAAAUUUUAUUUAACUAACUUUUGUUAGUUUAUCUAAUAUUAUUUUGUCAAUAUGGAUUAGCUUGUGUAUAAUUCAUAUAAAAUUGUACUUUUGGGAAAUAUUUAAAUAACUUUCGAAAAAAUUUUUGUAUAAAGAAUGUAUGUAUCAACUUUUGUAUAAUAUUCUGAAAAUGACUUUGGUAAAGUCGAAACAUGUUAAAAAUAAAACGUGUCGUAAUUUUUAUGAAAAUACUUUGCAAUCUUGUGUUGCUACGAAGUUUUGGAAAUACAAUAAAUAUUACAAAAAAUGCGACCACCCUACAUUAUCAGAAGAAGAAGCACUUCGCAAAGAGUGGCUUGUAAUGGGUUGGCUGCGCACGAGAAAUUGGUAAAAAUCGUUGCCCAACCAAUGUUGGUAAAGGAUCUACAGCAACUGACGGAGCAAAUCCACACCACCCUACUGGAGGUUUUUCAUACGCUGAAGAUCCGUUACUUACCCAAAGCCACCUACUUUAGAAUGGAGAAGAUGAUUGGUGGGACUCAACUAGCAAUACUAGACCAUAACAACAACGUUGAUCGGGCUCAGAAGUGUACAACGGAUGAGGAAGGCGAAAAAAUUCCGCCAUGUCGAGUCGCGUAUUCCAAGCCCAAUAAACGGUUUGUUGCGAAAGUUGUACGAGAGGAAAAAAACUAUGAAUACUUGACCUACAUCGUUCGCAAAAUUUUAAAAAGAACUCAGUUGAAGAGAAAAGCGACGAGUGAAUCUCGUUUAAAACGCCAAUGUUCUUUACAGAUAGCGCCUGAAGAACGACCUCCAAAAGAAAAGAUCGUGGAAAAGAGUCAACAAUUUAAAAGAAUUAAGUUGUAG